AUGCAAAAUGCGUGGCAUAAACUCAACAGGGCUAUGCAAAACAUUCAAAAUGUGAUUCUCACAGAGGAUGAUUCAUUAUUUGUGUCUGAAAAAGGCACAAACGUGAAUGGAAGCAAUUCGAGUAAGGAUGAGGAUGGUCUGACAAAGGGAGUAUUGCAACAUGGUGUUUCUAGUGGGAAGAACCUUUUGUCUCAAACCGUGCGCAUUGUGCGCAGUGUGAGCAGUUCGCCAGUUAAAGAUAUCGUUACCACUAGCACCCCAGGUGGCAGCCUUGAGGGUUCCCCCAACUUAGUGGACACGAAAAACGUCUUGUACGAAGAAAUAGUGAAUAGCAUAACUUUGUUUAACAACCUGAUGAGGAACGAAAAGGUGCAGCUGCUAAUUAAUGAGCACCAAAUUGAUUACUACACAUCUGAUAAACAGAAAGACGAUUUUCUUUUAUUGAAUUAUGUGUACAUAAGUAAAUACAUGAUUCUCAUUUUAACAAAAUUUUUAAACAUAAACCUUAUGGAGAAAAUGGAGAUGAUUCAAAUGAGCAAGGAAGAAUACGAGCAUAGCGUAACGCACCUCUUUCAUAACAUCCUAAAAUUGGGAAACUUUGCCCAAUUCAGUGGAAGUAGUGACCCUCUUUCUGUAAACCAUAAUUACAACCUAAAUUGGCAAGGAAGUGUCAAUAGUAGUGUUCUUCAUCGGAAGGAAGGAGAAAAGGAAGAACCUGCUCACCUUAGUUAUGAAGGCGCAGAACAGGUGGUGGACGCCCUUCACACUGUAACAAAUGGGAUGGACACUUCUGCUCCGGGGAGAGAUGAAACGCCUCACUCCUCCCAUCAUAACGCAGAGGGAAUUUUGGAAAACGUGAAUGAACAGACCACCCAUCAUCACCAAGUGCACAAUCACGAAGGUUUGGUUUACAAUCCAAAUUAUGACCAUAACAGUCCACAUUUGAACACACGGGAAGAGGGCAGCACAAACGUUUACCAGUACAAUACCAAGAGUGACAAUUUUAACCCUCGAAUGGAUAAUGAAAACGGGAAAAGUAAAAGCACAGAAGGGGUGGUCGGCAUAGGAUAUGGAAGCGAAGCAAUCAUGCACUGCCCAAGCGAUGUCGACAACAAUGUGCACAACUCCCCAGAUAAGUGCAAAAGUAGUGUUUGUCAAAGUGGCGAAAUGUCCACACAUUUUACAAAUAACCAUUUAGCGUAUAGCAAAUCUGCGGAUGUAAGUGAAAGGGAUUUAUUUACUGCAGAGUUACACAGAAGGAGAGAAUUCUUUCCCAAAAAAAGUUCCCUCAUCGAAUGCAGAGAGGAAGAUUUCUGCAUAAGCGAAGCGAAGGUCGAUUUGAAAAAUAUCAUCAAAUCGAUGAAGGAGGAAAAUAAUGUCAAAAUAGACCUUCUAAAUGAUAAGAUAAAAUAUCUGGAGGCAGAAAUUAUUAAAAGUAAGGAACGCCUCUUCAUGUUCCAAGAGUUGGAAGAAGAUGUGGAAAAAUACAAAAGAGAAAUAAAUAACAAAAAUAAAAUUAUAGAAGAGAUGAUUCGCGAAAAGGUCCUUCUGCAAAAUGAUAUCAGCUUAAUCCGCUCGGAACUGGAGCACAGCAGCAAGUUUAAUGAAGAUAGGAAGAAGAAUACUAAAUACUGCCAAGAAAAUCACGUAGACAAACAAAUCAUUAUAGAAAUGAUAAAGAAUAGUUGUGACUCUCUAAAAGCCAGCAAUAUUAAAAAUCAAGUGUUCCUCAUUUUGUGUGAUAUUCUGGGCAUUAAAAAUAUCAUACAGGACGUUGCCAUUCAGGAGAAAACUAUAUCAGAUCAGUUCUUGGAGUUCCUUGAUGAGGAGACCAAGGAUCCCUAA